AUGCUUAUGUUCCAGCAGUGCUGCUGCAUCAAGCUGCCGCCUUCUCCUGUGGGGCUCCUACCAGUGUCCUGCAGUUUCAGCGUAGGUUGGCUUGUUGAUGUGAUUUCUGGAGAGGUUGGUGUGACUGAUCACAUCCGCCAAGUGGUCACCACCCUCCCAACGCAAGGCGGCUCUGACUGCAGCGCAGCGCCUUCUGGGUCCGACAUGCAGCCAUCGACUGCUUCAUCCUUGAUCGGCUUGGCAAGGACUUCUCCUAUGAACUCUGCGUGGAUCAAAAUGGAAGAGUUUGGCUUGGGAACUGCCAGAGAGACAGUGCUUCUACUGCAGGCCAUAAACAGGAGCUUCGGUACGACGACGAUCCAAAGCGAGGACACGAUCUGGAACCCCUGGAGAGGCGAGAGGCGUAUAUUUGUACGCCAUGGGACAUGGAGGCAGCGCGGACAUCCCGGAGCGGCAGCCAGCUGCUAA